AUGGAGGCCAACGCUUCCUCGGCGGCCUUCCUAGGCGAAGAGACUGAAGCAAACAUCACUCUCAGAAACCAGCUCGAGUCGCCGCUUCUCCGCCUGCCCGCUGAGCUACGAAAUAAGAUCUACGCCUACGUGGGCGUCGCUACAACCAUUCAAGUCGUCACACGCCCCCAGACACAUGCCAAAACAUGGAAAGACAAAAAGCUACUCAAAUACCCGCAACCCAACCUCCUCAACACCUGCAAGCAAGUCCGCCAAGAAGCCACUUCCCUCCUUUACAAACAUGCUCUUUUCGAAUUUUCCAGGUGUGGCCCCCUGGCAGUUCUGUUCCACCAUUGCGAAGACAACUGCUGCGAGCGUAUGACCUCCGUCAGAGUCGGAUCCAGAUUUCUGCAAUUUGCGGUUCGAAAAUUCGUUAAGAAGGACGAUUUCUGGGCUGAUACGUACAAGGGCACUAUCAGCGUGCUGCCAAAUGUGGAGAUAGUCCGCCUCGUAUCGAGUCCUGACAGGGAAUGGUUUGAAGACAACCGUGUCAGUGCGGCACUGAGGGCCUGGUGUGGGAACAACACACCUGAAGUUAUCUUCGAGGACAUCUAUGACGGUAUUUGUUGGAAGUCAGAGUGGGAGGACAUUUUGGGUAGAACCCCCUAA